CCGUGUCCUUUCAGGCAGGUACAUACAGGCACACACCUGUAACAUGUCACGUUAAGGCAGUUCAUCUUGCGCUUAAGCAGAGCCGACAUGGCCGGCCAGCCUGCGGGCCACUUUCCCGGAGCUGGGACGCUGUUAUCGCGUUGAAUGAACCGGCAGUCUGUGUUGCAACGAGGCUUAUUAGUCACUUUCCGUGAAAGGAGAGCUACAUUUGGGGGAAGGCAUCCGGAUUGCGGGUGGAUGAGAGGGGGUUAGUUAUAAAAACCAGAAAGCCAGGAGGCCAGCUACACGGGAGUCAGGAAAUGGGGAACUGCCUGAAAUCCCCAACUUCGGAUGAUAUCACCCUGCUGGCCGAAUCCCAGGCGGACAGAGACGGACAUGCAGACGGCACGGAGCGGGACCGGGAGCCACCUCCGGCAUACCAGAUGCCCGUGUACCACCCCGUGCCCGGCCAGACGCUGCUGGCCAGCCAGCUGACGGAGGACGAGCAGGUGCGGAUCGCCAAGCGGAUCGGCCUCCUCCAGUACCUGCCCCGGGGGGUGUACGGUGUCUCCGGGGACGGCUCCCACAAGAUCAGAGAGUGUGUGAUCUGCAUGAUGGACUUUACUUAUGGAGACCCAAUCCGCUCGCUGCCCUGCAUGCACAUCUACCACGUGGACUGCAUCGACGACUGGCUGACACGCUCCUUCACCUGUCCAUCCUGCAUGGAGCCUGUGGACGCGGCGCUGCUCACCUCCUAUGAGAACAACUGACACUCUCCUUCGCUCUUGUGUAACCACGCCCCCCCCCCUGAGGAAUGCCCAAUCCCCCAUGUCCUAAGGAGGCGGGUUCAAAUGUAGCUUUCGCAAUCCUCCAAGACCCGCCUUCCUGGAUAGAAGCGGGGCUUUGUGAUGUCACUCUCCCACAGGCCCGCUGGCCAGGAUGUCCUGCUGGGAAGGGGAGGAGCCAGUGACCAUGACUGACAGAUGCAGCCACAAUUAGCAGAGCGUCUGAUUAUCACUGAAUAAAGGGGAGUCUCUGUGCUUCUUAGCAUCUCGCUUGGUCUGGCUGUGUCCAGGAUGAUUGAUUAGCUUUCCAGCACAGCUGACUUCCCCAGAGGGUCUGUUGUGAAUAAGGGCUCGAGUUGUUUACAGACUAAAUAUGCAUCUGUGUCUCAGACAAUGAGUAUUUGCACAUUCAUCUAUAUUAUAUAGAGAAAUUUGCACUUCUGUCUGGACACUAAAGCCACAUUUGUAUGAAGAAAAUUUGUUUGUAAAAAGAAUACUUGUCACAUUGUGGUAUGAGGGUUUUAAUGGUGCUUAUCACUGUGUUACCUAAAAUUGUUGUUGGUUUUAGGCUGGUGGGGGGGAGUGGGGGGGCGGACAGGGUCCUUUUAACUGGAAAAAUCUUUGACAAUUUAGCAAAUGCUUUUGCCAAGGUGACGUACAACUGGGGAUCAGACAGCAGAGUCAGACAGUCCCUGAAGCAGUUGGGGUUAAGGGCCUUGCUCCAGGGCCCAACAGUGAUGUGAUAUUACUCCUGCCAGCUACGGGAUUCAAACCAGCAGCCUUCUGGGAGUGGGUACCAAUCCCUCUCCACCUGAGUUACACGCCACCCUUCACUUGUGAACAUUUUAAAACUUUUUUUUUUUUAAUCAUAUUUUUCAAUUUCACAUUUCAAGUACAAUUCCAAUUAUUGUUGAAAUCCAGAUCUGUCAUGCACCAUAUGCACAAAACUUACGUUUUAAAAAGAAAAUUAUUUUUCUGAGAAUAAAAUGAUCCAUCCUUUUUAUAAUUUAACAAUGAAUAUAUAUUAAUGGGACUGAAUACAACUUAUUUUUUGUCUAAAUUUGACAAUCUCCUGUACUGUACAGCCCUUUCCUGUAAGGAAAUGUCCUUCUUUCAUCAUUGUGUAUUUAUAUACAUGCCGUACCAUAUGAAAAAGUGAAAAAAAUAUUCGCCAUUUUAUCUUGAUAAAAAUGCAUUUUCUCGGUUUAUCCAUUUCACGUUUUCCCUGCUUGUAUAUAGAUAUUAACUUCUUAUCACCAUUAGUUUGACAAACGUAUUGCGACUGGUUGUGGUAAAGAAGAGAGCACUUUCCUCAUUGUCGGUGAAUAAAGGUCUUUCUAUAUGUCCAGA